AUGAGCCAGGCCUUCCUCCAUGACGAUGGCGCCCAGGUCAGCAUCCACAGCUGGGUCAAACGCAAGCUGCAACCGUUCCAUGUAGACGGAAUCCCACAUGUCCUUGGAGAGAGAAAAGGCACGAUGCGGUUCGAUUUCGAUGGUAUGGAAGGCGCCAACGCGAAUAUGUGGGUUCUCAAGAGCCACGCGACCGGGGACGCGCAUGACAACCACUGUUGGGUCAUACUGAAAGGAUUCGACUUUCACGGAGACGGUCAAACGGACUCGUUCUGA